AUGGAGGAUGGUGCCGAUGCCAAGAAGAUCGACGUGAUUGAGUCAGCCGGCAUGAAGGAUGAUGGCGAUUCGGACCAGAAGAAGGGAAUCGCCGGGGCAUCCAACCAGGAUGGUGGUUCCAAUCAGAAGAACGACACGGCUGGGGCUAUGGCAUCCACGCAGGAUGGUGGUUCCAAUCAGAAGAACGACACGGCUGGGGCUAUGGCAUCCACGCAGAAUGGUGGUUCCGAUCAGAAGAACGACACGGCUGGGGCUAUGGCAUCCACGCAGGAUGGUGGUUCCAAGCAGAAGAACGACACGGCUGGGGCUGGUGCAUCCACGCAGGAUGGUGGUUCCGAGCAGAAGGACGACACGGCUGGGGCUAUGGCAUCCACGCAGGCCCCGAUCGCCACGGAGCAGAAGGCCCAGCAGAAGCCGCCUGGAAAGCCCAAGGAGGACUUGACACCGAGCUUCGAUAGGGCAGUCAAGAUGUAUGCUGCCGAACACAACAUGGCCAUCGACCAGGUCACACUACAGAUGGUGAAAUCCUCCGAGUUGGGGCUGCGUCAUUAUGCCUGCACUGGCCUGGACACCUCCGCGAGGGGGGCAGCAAGCCAGGCAUUGCACCGGGCCUUGGACAAGGAGCCUCAUGUCAAGCACGACGUGUACAAGUGGUUGUCGGAGGACCUCAAGAAGAAGUUCAGGACCUCGUGGGCGAUCGAGAGAUCCUUCGAGAAGGUCGUCCGGCAGCGGAAGAUAAACUAUAGUGAUUCUGAAGCCAACUUAGGAACGUUAACCGUUAACCGUCAGCAAGAGCUGGGCAGCUGGAAAUCGGAGCUUCAGUUGAGAGUCCACUUCGGAGGGGCUCACGAGCCAGAGGCGAAGCGACAGACCGACAACUACGUGGCGAUGUGCCGUCAGUUUGGGGAGAUCUUCUGCGAGUUUAACAAAUGGACGCGGGCAGAAAACUUCCUGCUCGUAGAGCGGCUGUCGAGCUCGACGCAGGAGGAAGAGUGGGAGGAGGUAGCGAGCCAGAUGGACAGCUCGCCAACUUACGAGACGGAGGCAUAUCAGUCGCGAGCACGCAGGAAGUAUGCUGCAGCGAAGGGUGUGCCGUUCGAGACCGUCAUGCUGAAGCAGGUGGAGGAGAGCGACCUCGGCUUGAAGGGCUACGCCGAGAUGAUCAUCACGGUGCCGGGCAUCGAAGUGGUCGAGGACGACAAGGAUGCAAAGGCCACCAACCGCAAGCCGCACAAGCGAAAGGCCCCCAAGGACUUCGAGGAGGCUCCGGACGAGGAUGCCAAGACGACCGAGAAGGACAAGAAGGGCAAGACCGAGAAGGACAAUAAUAAGAAGGAACCCGGCAAACCCAAGGCGAAGGCCAAGGCAAAGCAGGAGGGCUCGGUCAAGGAGGCAGAAACCGCCGCCAGGACGGUGGUGCUGCAGAUCCAACGCGCUUCGCAAACCGUGGAGAGGUUGCAAGCGGCCCUGCAUGGCGAGCAGUGGGCAGCCCCGCUGAUGAAGGAGUUUGACUCCCUGCAGGCGGCCUUGAAGAUGCAGGUCACGCCCACGGACGGGGACGACCUCGGCGAGUUCGUGAGCGAGCUGAAGCUUGCUGUGUUUUCGGGGACCGGUGCCAGCAGCACCAAGACCUUGAAGAAGGACUACAAGGAUCGCUACCUCCCGCUGCUCACCAUGUUCAAAGAUCGAUGCCAAGGUGCUGCCCAGCAGUGA